AUGGCGCCUAGCUUGCAGGAGCUGAUCGAGUUCCUGUUGAAUGAGGUCGCGCUGUGUGGUAACCAAGGCGCGACCUUGUCGGAGAUUCUCAAGGCAAUUGAAUUUUUCUACCAGAACACUUCUCAGGAUACGACCCAGCGGCACCAGACUGUUGAUCGCCGCUUCAAAGCUAAGGUUUGGUCAUGGCUCGCACGCAAUCCUGAGGUGUUUGUGGGGGAGAACAAUGAAUGGAAUCAACUCAGCCUGGACGAGUUGGAGCAGAAAGAUCUUCAGAUCGAAGGAACAACUCGUCGCGACGACCCGGAAGCAGAGAAGGAUCAAGAUGCAUCAUCCGCUGCCUCGUCUUCCUCGCCCAUCCGGAUCUUCGUCUCGAAAGAGAGGAUGUGGUACGCUCUCACAGGGCAUGAGCCAGAUGAGACCAAGGUACCCGCGAGCGAGUUCGUUUUACUUUCAAUAAUUGCAUCACACAAGUCCGGCGGCAUCGCACAAACAGACCUGGUGAGACUCAGUGGUCAAGACAAACGCUCAGUCCCCAAGCGAACAGACGCCCUGCAGCAGAAAGGCUACAUCGAAAAACGUGCAAUCCAAAUCAGAUCAGCUCGGACCAGUCUUUGUACGCUUCGUCGAUUCUUGAAACCAACUGGGGGCGACUCAAAGGCCGAAGGCACAGCCGAAAGUGCCAUGAUCGACUUCGAGGCUUUCGCUACCAAGUUGUUCGAGAUUCUCAAAGAAUUCGGCAUCAUUACCCGUAAUGAUCUCAAAAAACGCCUUGGGUUUGAAGAUCGCUGGCGCUGGCGAAUUCUGUCUCGUGCCCUUCGCAAGUUUGAACGGAUCGGAGUACUAAAGCGGGUGAGGGCCGAGUCGCAAUAUGAGAUGAUGCAUUCAUGCGUGAUGCUCGUCCGUGACCCCACCGAAAAUGACAUGGAGAAAUUUCAUGCCGUCAGUGGGGACUUGAAUAGGGGUGCGGAUGACCAAGCGGACGUGGAUGAUGACAUAGAGCUUGAUGUCGCGGGGGAGAAGACCGCCGGUGCAGAGGAUGGGGCUGUUAAGGUGGAGAAGGAGAAGCAUGUCGUCGAUGCUGGACGAACUGUGCCGUCAUGGACGCCGGACCGCACCUUGGGCAACCAAGUCUUUGACAUCGUAAACCAUUCUGGGACUGCGGGGAUCACCAAUCAUGAUAUAAACCGCAUUUGCUUUGGCAGCUUUUACCGUCGGCCUUCCGAAAGUGCACUGCAUCGUCUGGUCGAUUGCUGGCAACUGUCUCAGCCGGUUCACCUCCGGCACCUUGCUAUUGUUCGGGAUACGGCAAUUGACAAGACCAUAUUUUAUUACGUCCAUUACUCGGUACAUAACUUUGCAAAGCUGGUUGAGAGUGGGCAAGCAGUGUGGGAGGCUGUGGAGUUCCCAGUUCAAAAGGCCAAAGCGGCAAAUUGCUAUAUUCCUCCAGUCGACGCCGUCGCACAGCUCGAUGAAUACGGUUUUCCUGAAACAAGUGCCGUUAAGAAAUUGGUGAAUAACGGCAAUGCGAGCUUAUUUGAGGCGCUCGCCGUCUGCAAGCCACCAACCUACCUUCUGUCAAGCAGUGAUCCUAUGCCAGUCAGACUUCGGGAUGGUCAUUAUACUAUUGACAUGGGCCAACAAGGCAUAGCUGGAACUGUAAUACCGUCGCCGAUUGGAGGUCGCCGUCAUGGCGGCCGUCCAAAGGGCUCACGGAAGAAGGGUCCUCAAGGACGAACAAGUAUGUUCAAAAUGGAGAGAAGCUCUCCUGGAAACCCCGAUUCCGAUGAGAUGGAGUUGGAUUAUGUCCCACCCGAGGUUCCAGAUCAUAUGUCAUGGGCACAGACACCUCGUUGUACACCCAAGCUCAACGGAAAACAGGCGAAGUUGGCGAAGUUGGCGGGCCUUUCUGAAAGAGAAAGGUUGGAGGCAUUGGGAAUGGAUGAGUCUUGGACGGAAUAUAACGUUCUUAUCAAUGCAUGCCCGAACCCCGGUGUCUAUGUUACGCCGCAAGGCAAAAGGAGACCGGUGGGGAUGAGGCAAGGUCGCCCUGCGAGAAGUCGAAUUGCAGUUUUCAAAUCGACCAAACUGGCAUCUUUCCCCUGGUUUCCGCAGAUGGAGAGGAAAACAGGUGAAGAGAACGUUCAGUCACAGGAAGAAACACUAGAAGUGUCUGGCUCACACCAAAACGAUGUUCCAAUUUCGGUGUCCACAGCAUUUAACUCCGAAGGUUUCACAGCUUUUGGACCAGCUGCCGCUCUCCAGUCUACCUCUGGGACCUCUACUAGUCGAAAGCGGGCCUAUGAUGAAUUGAAUUACACUGAUUCUCCAACACCAGCACUCACUGCCUCUGGACAGCCCAGGCGUGGCCGGAGACCCAAAAAGCAUCCCCGCCUUGACGAGCCCCAAGAUGUGGCCAACCGGGAAACCCCAACGGAUUCAGAAACCGCAGUGCAAGAGAAAGCUGUUCAAACUCCCCAUGCGGCUGAGGCAGCCCCGUCCGCUCCGCAGGAUAAGGGUUCCGCUAUCCAUCUACCGAGUGAAAAGCAGACUCAACCGGCUACGCCUAACCGGCAUCGUGUCGGUUCUCUGGAGCAGGUUUCCCUUCCAGAAACACCCCAAGCCCCAAGAUCAGGGACUACCAAUAGCCCCGAGAAGCAAAAUGCGGGUUCUCCACGAUCAAGAAAACCCCAGCCGUUCUCGAGGGAUUGGUUUACGAAGCCUCUGAGCCCAUCCGCUUCCAACACGCGGGCUCAGACCACCAAACUAUCACAUGGCGCGGCUGAUCGGGGCGGCUCUGUUAGUCUCCUUCGCAGGAAGCUCAUCAUGGAGAUCGUGGAGAAGGCUGGCGGAGCAUACCCUUCUACUCCGGAGAUGUGGUUCCCAUUUGCAACACUGUGGUUCAAACAAAAGUACAAAGAAAGACCUGAUAAUCGCACCGUUAGAACAGCGAUCAAGAACCUGGUUGACGCUGGCAAACUUCGGCAAUUGACAUUCUGCGGCAAAGGUCCUAAAGACGUUAUGGUCACCAAGACCAUCUUGGCCAAGCCAGACAUGUCACCAGAUGACCCUUUGAUCAAGAGCAUGCAACGCAAGCUUCUUGCCUCAACUGAUCAGCGGAUCUCUUAUUCGCCUAACGUUGAAUUGGAUCCCGAACUUGUCCGAUCCAGUGGCCAAACGGGCAUACCAAAGCUUGUGUUGCCUGUUAUACCAGGUGCGACGGUUCAGUUGCACGAAAAACCUGCUACUGUUAAGGCAGAAGAGGAGAGGACCGAACGCAGGGUCCAAAGGGACUUGUUGAGGACGUUGGAAGGUGAACUUGGACUUUCCGGCGAUUCUUCCACCGCUGGCUCCAAACGACUCAUGAAAAUCCGUCGCCAUCCACCUGGUCAAGACCCUCUGACAGGGGCCCCCCAGACGUUGAUUUCUCGGCCCAGCACCGGCAAGCCUGGGAGAAAGCCCACAAGUGAUUCCUCACGGCUUAUCAAAACAAUGUCUGCCAUUGGGCCCUAUGCCAUGCUCAUGUACCCGAAGCAAGACUUCCACCCGAGCUCUGGUACUUUUGCUACAUUCGGCGCAUUCGGCGCGACGAGGAAACUGCGUACACUUGUUAGGAAGCCCAUCAGUGACAGUGCGAAAGAUUCUGUCCGUGAGCUGGCUGAGCUGGCAUCGGCUCCAAAUGUAACUCAGAAAGGCCGCGUCAAAACAUUCCACGCGAGGGCAGAGAAGAUUCUCAGGUGGGAGCUCGAACACGGGGAAAUUUUCGAUGAGCACCAUGACGGAGCUGGCACGUACAUUGGGCAAACCGUUAGUGACGAGUUUGAAACCGUGCCAAUUGAGGGUGAAAUUCGCUUCGAUGUCGAUGAGCCAGUUCCUUCUCCUUCCCCACCCAGAACCAUCAUGACAACUCGGCAUGGAGGAAUAUUGCGCGAGAUCCGGCCUCGUGCAGAAGUGUCUUCUACUGUGAUGCCACCGGGAUUCCAGCCAUAUCACACAAUUGGAGCUCCUUUGCGUCGUCGUAUCGAUGCGGUCGAUACUUCCAUCCCUGGCCGAUAUGGAGUAAAGGCUGAUGUCGCAACACACCGUACCCGCCGCCGAGGUGUUCUCCCUCCACUUGACCAGGCUCUUUACCGGAAGAUCAUGGUUGCCAUCGUCGCCGUCAGAAUCCUCGCAGGUGGUGCAGAGGCCCGGGCUGUCGACUGGGAGCUAGUGUGUGCUGCUUUCCCCAAACAUGACCCCACUUUCAUCCAGGAUCAUGCCAAAUCUAUCCUGAACAAGAGUAGAUUGCAGAUCGUCGGCAUGCAACGUAAUUUCCAGGAGCAAUUCCUUGAAGCAUAUUCCAAAGGCACGGUUCCUAAGAUCGACUAUGACAACCUGGACAAAUACAACUGGCCAGCUGUCGUCGAGUGGGCUAAUAUUGAACUUGAGUUCUCUACAUCUGAAAAGGCUCCGCUGCUACCCUCGACCAGGGAAGAGUUUGAUAGCAUCUUCGAACUUCGCCCCGAGACUGUUCCCAUGGCCGAUGAGUUGUAUACCCACACCUCGGGCAUCACCAUCAAUUUCAAGCGUGGCCUCAUGGCCCAUGUCCCAUUCGCAGUGCAAGUCGGCGCCGAUCAAGACCGCACAGUUCAAGGGGCCCGAAGGAACGACCUUGCCCGCCUCGAUGCCAUCAAGACUUGGGUACGCGCCAAUGUCGCCGCAUCAGAGUCGACCUACAACCCCACGAAGGCCCAGGAGGCGCUGAAACCCUUCGGCAAGCAACUCCUCGAUUCGGCCGUGCAGUCAUUACUUACAGAGCGUGUCAUCAGCAUGGGAAACAAGGGCCGCGUUGUACCAGGUCGCAACUACGAUCUCACAGAUCAUCUUCUCUCAUCGUUGAACCGCAAGCGUCUCAUCGACUGCAGUAUCCUAAAGCGCGCUGCGUACUUCAAGACAGCCGUUCUGGAUCCCCAGCUGCAAAGCGCAGGGUCCUUCGAAGUACAGUACCACGCAGAAGACGGCGAUAUCCUCGCUUUGAUAAACCUCUAUAACGCCGGAUACCUCACUCUCCACCCCCAUGGCCAGCCGCGCGACAAGUGGGGCCUGACAGAUGGUGGAUACCUCACCCGGCAGAUGGACAAGGGCCGCCUGCGCUUCGCCAUAGAAGUUCGCCCGACCGCUUCAUACGUAUACGGGAAUCCGGUGGAGACUCAAGCAUCUAGCAUCGCCGCCCCGUUGCCGCCCUCAUCGGAAGACGCCAGCGUCCCACCGAAACUGCCCCUGUGGUACGAUAUCCAUGGCUACCUGGUCCCUCAGCUAUGGGAGAUGGCCAUCGCCUCGGUGCUGGGCUGCGUUUCUAUGCGGCAGGGUCUCAGUGCGGAACGCAUCUCGGGUAUGCUCAAGCCUGCCAUGGGCGCGUGGGAGAUUGAACUGCUGCUGGAAUGGUUGGCCGAGGUCGGUGUUGUGGCCCGGCAGGGAUGCAGUAUGAAGGCUGGCUGGAUGGUGCGCGAGUGGUGGUGGAUGACCCUGGUGGAGAAGGAUCCGGAGGCGAUACAGGUUGAGGAGCCGGUUGCUAUUGCCUGA